AUGGAGAUUGUGGAAUUGUCAUUUACGUUUUUGAGCGUAGUCAUAAGCUUUUUGGGUAGCUGUUGGGUCUUAUACUAUACUAUUGCGUCGCCCACAUACCUACGAGCUUCAUGCCUUCUGUCAAGCUUAGCCAACUUAGGCCUGUGCUCAAUGAACCUACUUCGGGUUAUGAAUCCCACCAUCCUGCAAAAUUAUUUUUGGGUUGGAUAUGAGGCCAUCUCUGCUCUUUACGCAACCAUAAUAUGGUCAUGCCUUUUGUUCACGGGUCGUAAAUUUUAUCGCGAUGCAAGUUGGAAAGAUCCCUUGUGCAAAGCGAGCAUUCUUUCAUUAAUGGUCUUGAAUAUCAUACAUUGGGUAACGGCCGGUCUCUUACUGUCAUCGUCAGACGGUCAACCGACCUUGCUUGUCUUAAUAUUACAAGCCAUCUUCUGGAUAAUGUGUGGAAUAUGUUGCUUUCUUUACACCUUUAUACCGAUUCUGACAGUGCAUUUCAAUCAUGUUGGGCUAAAGGCGAGAUUCGUCGACGAGGAAAUCGAAAUUAAAAGGGAUGGCUAUAAGAGUGACGGCUACAAGAGUGACAACGCCGAAUCCUUUGAUACUUCUACCACAGCGGAAUUUCCGAAAUAUAGCAUCAACUCUCAAAACGCAUCAGUUGGAACCUGGUAUAUGAUCUCCGUGGGUAUCCUAACGGUACUUUAUGUAGCCUUCUACAUCACCACCUUUAUCAUUUCAUCAUCAGCACCGAUACAUCCCAUAACUAAUGCCGUGGAUUUUAUGCUGAGAAAUGGUUACGUGAUAAUCUACGGGGUGCCGCCGUCGCGAAAGCUAUUAGAAUACAUGUUAAGCAAUGUGCUGAGGAUGGGUUCUACGGUUUCGAUCAGAAUGUCGGAUAUGAACACUGAGUCUGCCUGA